AUGGAAGGAGACCAGCGAGCUUCAGAUAAGCUUAAAUCGUCUUGCCUGCUUCCCCUUUUACGAUCUGCUGAUGGAGACAAGAUGACUGUCAGAAUUUUAUGGAGCGUAUCUUGGCUGUUCUUUGGUACUGCCCUGCCCCUGUGGGCACCUCAAAUUUCCUGCAUAAAUGAUGACGGCAAGCCAGUGGACUGGUAGGUAAAACAGGUAUGUUCUUUACAAAUUCCCUAAGCACAUGAGUCAUGAUGUGGCUGGAACUGGGCUGGAAUACAUGUUUAUGGAUUCUUCGGCUCCGAUUUGGAAACCGAGCAAAUAUUUCGUCAACAUGACAGAAAGUGCUCUGGGGCAAACGCUGCAGCAGCUUUACCGAACGUACAAGUCUGAGGAAAACAGCACUGCCUAUGUGAUGUAUAAUGAUGGACCACCUAACAAAAUGAAUUACAGCUGGACACAUGGACAUUCUAAAGGGUUUUUGCUCUUGGACCAGUCCCGAGGUUUCUGGGUUAUACACAGUAUUCCUGAAUUCCCUCCAUUUCCCAAGGACAGCUAUGGAUAUCCACGCACGGGAAAGUACAAUGGACAGAUAGCAAUCUGCAUAACAUUCCGAUAUGAGCAGUUUGCGGAAAUAGAUAAGCAAUUGUUAUUCUACAACCCAAAUGUCUACAACUGUUCCAUCCCAAAGCCCUUCCAAGCAGAGCUCCUCAACCUGCAAACAAUGUGUGCAGGAGCACAGCUGCCUUCAGUUCCUUCAAAUCAAAGCCUUAUCAAGCUUCAGUCAGCCCAGGGAGAAAUUCUUUUCAACUUUGCUAAAACACGGUAUGAUCACGAAGAUAUCUACAUAGCCUGGAUGGCUCAGAAACUGCAAACAAACUUCCUGGUGGAAUCCUGGCAGCGCAAGGGACGCCGACUGUUCUCCAAUUGCUCCCUUCCUUACCACGUCUACAAUGUAAACCUUGUUGGCACACCGUGGAACUCCUCAUUCUCAUCCUAUCACGACCAUUCUAAGUGGUGCGUUUCUUCGCGCCCUGAAGACCAAUGGACAUGUGUCGGAGACCUAAAUUAUUCCCCUCAGCAAGCAAAGAGAAGUGGUGGCUUCGUUUGCACCCAGAACCAGCAUAUUUACAUGGCUUUCAGGGCGUUGGUCCUCCAUUAUUAUGAUUGCCGUGAGUUUCAGGAAUUUACACAUGUAGCACAGACCUCUGGCCUCUAGGUGCUUCCUGAAAAGUGCAAUUCUUCCUUCUUUCUUAAAAAAAGAAAUGUUUCUAGUCCUCAUGGCUUUGGAGAAACAAAAAGAGGCUUGGGCAUGAUUUCAGGAAACAGGAUGGUUCAUUGUGCCUGUCCAUCAACCCUGACUUACCUGGAAGAUCGCAUCUACUUUCUUUUUUUCACUCCUACAUUCUCUGGUCUUUGCUAAGGACUUUGUAUUCUGUAAAAUCCCCCAAUAUCAGAUUUAGAUAUUAUGUAACUGCAAG